AUCACCUCGCAAAGACGAGGGGCGAUAGGAGGAGUGGCUCUCUCCCGCGUACCGGAACCACACCAACAUCUUCUCGCCUGCAAAGUGGUACUACUUCGAGUGCGCUAGUAUCUUCGACUGCAGCAGCGCCUGGGGGAGGGGGACCACAGGCACAGCAGAGCAAUGCCGAGAGGACGAACGCACGACUGCAGGAGCUCAAGGCGCUGCACAAAAACGGCACGCGGCGGCGUCAGCGGCAGGCACGGCUGCCCGGGAACCCGGUGGCAGUGGCCGGAAAUCGCGGGGCGACCGACGGUUCGAUGUCCAUCUCGCCUCGCGAAGGCCACAGCUCGCCGUCCAACGCAUUGUCCGUGGCCGUGGAGGCGGAGGAACAUCACCGACAGCGGAAUAAAGAGCGCAAAGACGGAGCUCCGCAACUGGCAAUGGUCGAGGCAGUGGCCGAAGAGCCACCGUCGGCGGCUUCGUCCAGUAGUGGAGCGAACGAGUCGCCGCGGAGUCGGAGCAGUUCGAUCUUUGAGGGUGACGGCCGCGCCUCCCGAACGGGUCCAUCAGUGAGCAAGAGUCCAAGUCAUCUUUUGCUGGUGAAAGAUGUCAGGGGCAGCGGCGGUGGCCCGGGGACAAAUCGAAGCAGUCCAGCGAAAAACGCAGAAGAAGUUCAUCACGCACAGAAAAAUGCAACGGCGGACGAUUUUGCGCGCCGCAAGAAAAGCGCAGACGGUACAGCAGUGCCUCCACCACCACCUCCGCCGCCUCCACCACCGGAAGACAACGGCGACGUUCUGAUUAAACCGCCCACGCCGAUUGCGGAUGCUGAGCUGCAAGGAAUCCGUGCGAGGUCGCAGCUGUCGAUUGCUAGUAUGGACCAAGAUGCGGGUGAGAUGCGCGCAAUCUAUGACUCCAUUCCGGAACCCGAGAUCCUCCACGUGCCCAGCACAAACCCGUCUUCAUCCAGUGCGCUCUCGUCUCCCCGUCUCGCGCCGGCAGAUUCUCCCCCUUCGUUGCGAGUCGCUCCGCCCCCCGCGCCGCCACGGGCGUUUUCAGCCUUCAGCGUGGUCUCAGAAGCGCAACUGCCGGCGGGCGGCGGAGCGUCGAACCAUUUGUCGUCCUCGUCGCUGAAGAAGCUCGUUCCCAAGGCUCCCAGCUGGAUGCUCCCCUCGGCCGACGGCUCCCCAGCACUAGUUCCCGUCAAUACCACGGUCUUGAUGCAUCAACACCGACCCGCAUCUUCACUCCCCGAUCUCGCCAGAAGUGCCGGUGUGGACGAGAGCGCGAGCAACGUCGGGACUACGACGCAGAACAACGAUGCUUCAGUGCUUCUGCCGGACCGUAGCGAAGUUGUUUCGCGUGAUGAUCGUCCGAUGAAAACAAUCCGAGAAGAAUCCAAAGGGGAAGCGGGAGCUGCUUCGCCAAGAACGAGCAAGCACGAGGAAUCGAUUGGCGCCGCAGGGGAGCGAGCAGGCGCUGUUCCAGAGCGGGUUUCACUGGGCGGUUCCGGGAAGAAGACCCGCGUCUUCACGGUCGACCGCAAGUCGCUCAGCGAAGCGUCACCAUCAGCGCGAAAGUCGGUUGGUGACAAGUCUUCAUCAAAAAAUCAGGACACGUUGCGCGUGGUGCAGCGCAAAUCCGUACCUGCUCCAGCAGUUGACGCGACGACCACGGCAAAGAAGGAAGAUGAUGGAGCGAAGAAAGCGAGAGCAGCGGCGAACGAGGAUACGACCACUUAUAUUGAUGCGGCCGAAAGGCAAAAAUCCUUGGUGGUGACCACGGAGAGAACAGGCAGACCGGAGCGCGAACAUCAUCCUCCCCGCUCGGGAACCGGCAGACAUCGUCGUGAAAAGGAACAAAAGCGACAGGGUACUUUGGACCGGCGAAAGGAGCCGCGCGGCCGGUAUGUUGACUCGCGGUCCGAUCGAGGGGCGAAGCGAUCUCCGGGCCGAGGGACAAGAUACCAUUCGCGGUCACGCCGUGGUGACGAGCCGUCUAGGAGCGAGAAUGCCGGUGCAUUCAAACCGAUUCCGAGAAAUACGCAGGCGGGGACAAAGGAAGGCCUCCAGGGAAGCAGUGGCGUUAUUCUCGGGUCGGAGUCGAAUACUUCGUCCUCGGCGAGUGCCAGUCGGGCAGUAGUACCCGUGUUCUCCCUUGCCGUCCCGCCACUUCCGAGAGAGAAAUCGCCGGAAAACCGCGCUCGCGUAGUAGAAGCAGAGAAAAAACCCGCCGACCUUCAUCCUUCAUCCUCGAAGCUGCUGCAAGUGCCAACGGCUUCUGCGAGCCACGGCCAUCGCCCCACUGGAGGGGCCAAGCGACAAAAAAUUUCAAUGCCUGUUGUAGAAGAUAAAGACAAGCCGAAGACAAGCGGUGCGACAUCGGGUGAGCCGUUACAUAAUUCUUCUACCGCGCCUGCUGCUGGCAGCAAGAGCGUCCCGGAAAAAACCUCAGCCGCAAAGACAGCAAAUGUAGAAGUUGCAAGGAUCCCUGCUGUGGUGUCCACUUUUGUCCCGAGUGCAGUGCCCAAGAGCGCUAGUAUUAAAGUAACACCGCCUGCUGUUUCGACUUCGAUCACAGCUGCGCCUGCAGCCGCGACUGGUGUAGGCAUUUCAGCUCCCGUACUGAACGUGCUUCCUGUGGCGCCGGUCACUCAAAAGCCUCGUAGCCAAUCAGACAUGAUGGAAGUCAGUAGUGACGGAGGGUCCAUCUGCAUCGAUGGAGAUCUCUCCUCCGAGGCACCCUCGGACAUGUCGAAUCGCCACAGGCCCGUCGCUGAAGACGAAGCUGGCCGUGGGCCGACGAGUGCGCAAGGGGUUUUGGACAAGGGUACCGAAGGCAGCUCAAGUUCUUCCUCGUCUUCGAGCAGCGGAGACAAAGACAAAGAGCGCCGACUCCAGUCGGUAGCUUCGGUUCCAGAGAAACUGUCACACAAAAGGCGGAGAGAUCAUGACGACGAUUCUGAGCACGACAAAGACGGCGCCGGAGGAGAUGGUCGUGGUCCCCGCCCCUCUCGAGGUGAUGCAGAUGGUGCAGGAAAAAAUCCACAGUCUCGUCCGAGCCAAGCAGGACAGGCCCGUUCGAAGAACGACGAGGAGCGGGUGGCAAUGAUCCGGCAGGCGUUGCAAGAGAAACGUGCAGCCCUCGCAGAGAAGCGGGCACAGGAGGCAGCGGCGGGCGAGAAGCAGGAGCCAGGGCGGCUUCGCUCGAAGAUUCAGCAAGCCUUUCAGCGCCCGGAAGUGCAGGCAUUCAUCUCUCGGGCCAACACGACCCCAGCCCUGCCGGCGGUACAGAAAUCCCAUCCUCGGGUUUGAUCUUCAAGUUAUAUAUUGCACAUCGAAAAAAUUAUCUCCUGAAUAAUUUCUACAUUAUGAAUGCUUUCAGCAUCGAUCGAUCAAGAUCAACCUCCAGCCGGCGUAACAUGGAAAAAUGUACUGCACCAUACACCACUUUCGACAGACGCAGACCCUGCCUGUGGACAAGGAUCAGAACAAUGCGACCUUCGCAUCUUCGGCCAGUUCUGGCCUGCGAAUGGGCCUUCAACGUCUGUAUGAAAAACCAACUGCGUUGCAGGAGGGGCAGGUUGGACGUGGUCUGUCGCAGCCGCACGCCGAAGUAGACGUCGUGACUAGAGUGCAACCAGAGCAGCAAGUCCCGGAGCGAGGUAGACCGAGCGCUACGGCCGCGGAAGCGGGUAGCGGGGCUCGCCUUUCUACCGCAAGCAAAAGUGAGAACAGUACAAAGGAAAAGCAGCAGCUGAGGAUGGGGGCUCCGGUGCGCCCUCCUCUGGUGCUGCCUUUUCUCACAAAGCGAAAAGAUAGCGAUGAAGAGGCGAACGCUGCAGCUAAACGGUCGCACAAUGAUCUCAGAAAAUUGGCCGCACAAGCGCAGGCGCGACAUGACGAGGUAUUGGAUAUCAUGAAGCCGGUGCCGUCAUCUCCCAAGAAGAUGGAGAAAAACCGACUUUGUGUGUCGCAAGAGGCGGCGCCGGAGGUCGUGCAGAACUGCGCCGCGGGAGACAAGUCCUAUCCCCCGAAAGACGACAGCGUCGAUCCCGUGGAAGAUGCAGGAGAAGAGCAGUUCAUCAUCAACGAUACCAUCGAAGAGUCAAGUGUUGCUGGUCCUCCAAUGCUGCCAGAGGAGAGCGUGGCUGUACCUGUAGCUCCUCUGUCUAUUCCAGAACCGAAAGACUCUGUUGGCAACGUUCCGGCCGACGCAGUUGUAUUUCCACAAGCUGCUGUGGCAGCUGUCACAACAGCGGGUCCUAGCGCCCCCGCAGCUGCGCCCAGAGACAACGGGGAGCCCUCGGCGAGCAACGCGGAGGCUGUUGCGGAUCCCAUUCCCAGCCCGCCGACCUCAAGCUCGGGCUCGCCGAUUGAGAUUCCCAGUAGCCCCAGCUCGGCCAGGUAUAAUUGACAGUCUCCUGCUGCUGGUACUAUGCUUGGCGUGCCUCAGGAAGUACGCAAGAAUAAAACGAAAGUGUGUAGAAGUACUCAAAAUAAUUCGCAGAUACACAGAAUUUUUUUUAGCGUGACUGACAGCACACGAGGACGACAUUAGGAACGACCAUCAGUGGACGAGCGAGUUCCGAAGCUCAAUGAAUAAAACUCUUACCACGCAAUAGGUGCACCUUGGGAGGGUUGGGUAUCAGUUGGAAGCAUAGCGACACUGCUUUACCCGCGUUGAGGCAAUCCGUCGACGAGGGUUUCAGCGCGUUGGCAAGUUUGUACGGCAAAGAGAGUGGCUUGGAGCUCCAUGAAUUCUACGUUUCUUUGCUGCAGAACCGUUCGUGGGAUCUCCACAGUGUCGAUCAAGAAAAUCAACAAGCAACUGCGGAGGCUUCGAGUUCGUCCUCGUCUUCUCUUCUUUUCAAGCCGAAGAACAAAGUGAAUGUUGGCGACGCGGCCCGCUUGCUCCUGCAGAUGGUUCCGUGCAUGCGCGCCCUGAAAGCGCCGGCGACCCGCAUUGGCGGGAUGUGGAUGGACGGGCCCUGUCUCGUUUCCUCCGCGUUUCCCGCCCGGGUGCUUCGGUCGCAGGGCUUUACCAAAGACUUUCGGCAGUGGGUUGGGUGGGUGUUUACCCCGGCGAUCGGACUCCGGUCCUGGGAGUUCAGCGGCGUGCUGCCACCGCCCAUCCCGACCUCGGCUAGCCCGGGCGGGAACGCGCUCGAGUGCAUCGUGUUUGAGGGGCUGCCGGGGGAUCUGACCAUGGCGGAUCUGCGAGAUUUGUGCGUCAUGAUUAAUCGGGACGUAUUGCAAAUGGUAUCGACGCAUCUGGAUGACCUGGCAGAGGUAUCGUCUCCCGCCAAAACGGGGGUGAAGUCUUCUGCGGCUGGUGGAAUUCCCGCCUUGCGGCUCGGGGAUGGGAGUAAAAAGAACGACAAGGAACCGGCGGACACUUCUAGCGCGGCUCAGGUACAGGCACCGUUGUUCUACUAGCGUCCGUCAUAUUCGGAUUUCAUGAAGUGACGAGGUAUGAUCAAUCUUAACUUGGAGUUUAUGAAAGCAGGCACAGUAGUUGUACGUUCUCGAGAAGCGACGAGGAUUGGAUUAUGGCUCGCAGGUCAUCCUCAAUGGAUCUUCUAUCUAAGCCUCAAUUUCCACUUGCAAUUCUCGCACACCAGGUUUCGGGUGGAAGUACCUCCUCUAAGGGAGUUCAGAAGAACGCCAGCAACAUUUUCGUUGUGGCUAGCUCAACGCCUCCGGGCUCUGCGGCCCCGAGCCAGCGUGGUGGACGACAGGUCUUGCUCGGCGAGGCCGAACACUCCGCCGCGUUGCAGACGGGGGCUGCGUCGUCCUCAUCCAGUGUGCCUCAACAGAGCAAGAUGCACACAGCGUCGAGGCAGCAAGAGACGCUCGAGGCAGCAUCAGAAGGCGACGAGCCUCGCGGGAAAAGAACAAAGUCCGAGGAACUCGGAUAUCUGCCGGGGCCCUUUGAUCUUGAGAAAAACAAGAACCCGCAACCCAGAGUGCGGAGAAGGUCUGCGAGAGAGAGCCGCGGCUCGAAUUCGUCUUUUCAGACGGUUCAGUCAGAGGCGCCAUCCUUUCAUUCUCUUUCGCGCUUGCCCACGGAGAGACGGUAA